CUGUAGGCUGGAGCACCUAACAGUCGUGGCUUCGCCCGAGCAGGAGCGACUCCAUCGUCUUCCCGUCUCUCCCGCAUAUCGAACAAGAAGGCGAUUCUCGGUUCGGCAUCUAGGACGCAUAAUAAGUCCUAGAAAUCCCAACGCAGAGAGGGAGAGAGAGAGAGAGACAGAGAGAGAGAGAGAGUGAGUUCCCAGGGAAUCUCUUACUUCGUCCCGCCAUCGAUGCCUGCUUCAGCCAAACCCGUCCUCACCUCCUUCGUCUUCCUCCUCGUCCAGACCGCUUCUUGCCUCCCUUUCAUCGUAUUGCAUGGCAUUGGAGAUCAAUGCUCCAAUCGAGGGAUCACACAGUUCACCAAGCUAUUGGGCAACUGGUCUGGCAAUGAUGGCUAUUGCAUAGAGGUUGGAGAUGGAACAUGGGAUUCUUGGGUUUUGCCACUUCAAGAGCAGACAGAAAUUGUUUGUCAGAAGGUGAAAGAAAUGACAGAGCUGGCUGGGGGUUACAACAUUGUUGGCCUUUCGCAGGGGAACUUGAUCGGUAGAGGUGUUAUCGAGUUUUGUGAUGGUGGGCCACCUGUUAACAAUUUCAUCUCACUUGCUGGUCCGCAUGCUGGCAUAGCCAAUGUGCCAUUUUGUGAAUCUGGGUUGAUAUGCUUGCUUGUUGACAGUCUCCUUAAAAUGGAGGUGUAUUCAGACUACAUCCAGGAACACUUGGCUCCAAGUAAUUACAUCAAGAUUCCAACUGACAUUCCUGCCUAUUUAAAAGACUGCAAGUUUCUCCCAGCUCUGAACAAUGAACCGCCUUAUGAGAACACCACUUUUAAAGAGAGGUUCAGUAGCUUGAAUCGUCUAGUUCUUAUCAUGUUUGAGCAAGACAAUGUCCUCGUUCCACGGGAAACCUCCUGGUUUGGAUAUUAUCCGGAUGGAUCCUUCAGUGAAAUUUUGCCUCCUCAGCAGACGAACCUCUACACUGAAGACUGGAUAGGUCUCAAAACUUUGGAUGAAGCUGGCAAAGUGGAAUUUGUUAGUGUUCCAGGUGGGCAUCUUGCAAUCUCAAAAAGUGACAUGCGCAAGCAUGUGGUUCCGUACCUCAAAGAGAACUCAACUGCAAUAUUCCAAAAAAAGAAUAUUCUAGAGCAAGUGUCAUCAUUGUAAAGUUGUUCACAUGCAUGAUAAAUGAAGCAUUGAUAUUGUAUGGAUCUCUGUGCAUCAAGAAUGAAUGAUCACUUCUUUGUUUAA